CUCUCAUUUUUUAACCAGGUUUGUUUAAAUUUAAAACGUGUGUUCGGACAGAGCUGUAGAUUGACCUCCCGUCUCGUCUUCGUUGGUGUUGAGCCGUAAACCGCUGUCAUGGUUAAACUGAUGGAUGAUGAGGUGUUCAGGGCCUUCACCACAUACGCUGCUGUGGUCAUCGUCAAGAUGCUGCUGAUGGCUCCGAUGACGGCUUUCUACCGCUUCUCCAGAGGAGCUUUUGCCAACGAGGAGGAUGUGGCCUCAAAGUCUGCGGAGGAGAGGAAGAAGCAGCUGAGGACGCAUCCUGACGUGGAGAGAGUGAGGAGGUGUCAUCAGAACGACCUGGAGAACAUCGUUCCCUUCGUGGUCAUCGCUCUGCUCUACACCCUGACAGGACCCUCUCUCUCCAGCGCUCUGCUCCACUUCAGAGUCUUCGCCGGCUCCAGAAUCUUCCACACCCUGUCCUACGUGUGUGCUCUGCCUCAGCCAUGCCGAGCUCUGUCCUGGAUGACCGGCAUGCUCUGCACCCUCUCCAUGGCCUACGGAGUGCUUGGCUCCGUCCUGGUCCUGUAGAGACCUGGAACUACUCGACUUAGCCCUGGACCUACUUGACUUAGCCCUGGUCCUGCAGAGACCUGGACCUGCUCUCCUUCCUCUCAUUCCUUCAUAAUUCAGUUUGAUGUAACUUCUGCUUUAUUAAGUUCUGUGUUUGUUCGUCAUGUUCCGACCUGCAGAUCUGUUGUCACCGUAAACGUGUUUAAAUAAAGUUUUAUAUCAGA